GGCCGAGGGGAGGGGCUCGGAGCCCCCUUCUUUGGACCCGAGGCCGUAGUCGCGGUUGGCGGCCGCGGCACGGAGUAAGCACCUACUGUGUACCGGGGCGGGCCCAGAGAAAGAUCAGAGCGCGGCCUCGUACCCUUGUGGAGCUUGUGCACUCGACCCUCCAUCAGCCAGCAUAGAUUAGGCGCCUGUUGUGUGCCAGGCAGUGAGGGAGUAAUCAGUGAGCCUGACUCUCCACCAUGGUCACAGGGGGGGUCAGACCCCUAAGCGCCCCCGGCCCCUCAGAGAAUCUCCUCCAGAUCCCAGGUUCGAAUUUGGCCCGGCUCUCCUCAGAAAGUAUUUAUUAAGCACCUCCUGCAUGCCGAGGUGCAAGAAAUGGACGAGACACCAAAAGAAGAUGUCCCGCUACAUGACGAGUUUCUGCUCUGCGGCGGAAUCGUAACCCACGUCCUGAAAUGUGGGCCCUGGUCCGACCUCUUCAACACGGGGGAUUCCAAGGCCCCAAAGCUGCUCAUCCUCAUUAUCCCAGGUAACCCGGGGAUUCCCGCCUUCUACGCGGAGUUUGUGAAGGCCUUGUACCUGAGCCUGGAGAAGCGAUACCCGGUGUGGGCCAUCAGCCACGCCGGCCACAUCUCCGCCCCCAGCGGGGUCCGGGUGCAGGAGGAGAGCCCGGAAGACCCGAGUUCGAGAACGCCGGACGAUGCCUUUGGCCUUGAAGGCCAAGUGGAGCACAAGCUGGCCUUCCUGCGGAGGUGUGUGCCCAGCAGCCUGCGCCUGGUGAUCAUCAGCCACUCGGUGGGCAGCUACAUCCUGCUGGAGAUGAUGAAGCGAGGGCCGCAGCUCCCGGUGCUCCGCUCCCUGCUGCUGUUCCCGACCAUCGAGCGCAUGGCCGUGUCGCCCAACGGCAAGGUGAUGACGCCGGUCCUGUGCUGGCUGCGCUACGCCCUGUACGUGCCGCUCUUCCUGGGCCUGAGCGUGGUGCCGGCCCGGCUGCAGGCGCUGCUGGCCGGCUGGGUCCUCCAGAGGCUGAAGCUGGAGAACGAGGUCACGUCGCGCCACUUCAUGAACUCGCUCAACAUGAACUGCAUCGCCAAUGCCAUGUACCUGGGGAGCCAGGAGAUGAAGGUCAUCGUGGAGAGGGACAACGCCACCAUCCAGAAGCACUUAAAGAAGCUGAUCUUUUACUACGGCAAGACGGACUUGUGGUGCCCGGUCCAGUACUACGAGGACCUGAAGAAGGACUUCCCCGGCGGGGACAUCAAGCUCUGCGAGAAGGGCAUCCAGCACGCCUUCGUCCUGUCUUCCAACCAGGAGAUGGCCGCCCUGAUUGCCGACUGGUUACGGGACGACCUGAGCAAGCUCUAGGCCGGCCCGGGCCGGAGCUCUGGGGUCCGGAGGCUGGAUCGGGCCACACCGGAUUCUGAUGGGGCGAGCACUUAGGAACCUGCCCUCGAGGAAUCGGCCUUGAUUGUUUUUGGUGACGGGAAGGAAAUGUUCAGGGACUGACCCAGGGAGCAGAUACGGGGCCAUCCGCGCCAUCACGGCGCGGCUUCUUAAAUUCAGUUAGAAAAGAAAAGCACCCGAGAAGGGGGAGCCCGGAGGUGGUGUUGGAAGGGGCGCCCGCGAGGGCCGGUCUCCCCGGCUCGGAGCGUGGAGCAGAGAACGCCCCGACGGUGCGCCUGGCCGGCAAUGGCCUUGGCGAUGCCAUUUGAGACGCCGGCCCCUCAGAGGUUCGGGUGCUGGCCUGGGAGGCGGGACCAAGGGGCUCUGGGGGGAAGGCGAGGUUAGCCCAGGGUCACCAAGGUCCUUCCCAGAGUGCCUGGGAACUGAGACCCAAAGGUGGUGUCCGAGAGACGCUCCUGCGGGUAGAGCCUUGGUGAAGGCAGAGCAUCCCAGACUAGCAGGUCUUCUGCCUCCCCUCCUGUCUGAGCUUUGACUCCUUGUCCGGAAAACCUGGGGCUUCUCCAGACCAUGGGCUAACCUGUGACUCCCAGCUGCCCCUGGGGUUCCCCCAUGCCGAGGGCUAACCUGUGACUCCCAGCUGCCCCUGGGGUUCCCCCAAGCCGAGGGCUAACCUGUGACUCCCCGGCCGCCCUUGAAUCUGCACCGUGAGAAUUCCUUGCCUUCUGAAGUCCGUUUUCUCUCUGGUUGGAGGCCACGGUCAGGCUCGGGCCUGGAGCACAUGGGCCCAGUCUCAGAGCCAGCCUGUGGUCUGGGCGCCCAGGCCCACCCGGGACCACGGAGGUGCCGGAGGGACAACUGCUCUCUAAAUGACACAAGGUGGGAUCGGGUGCGGUUUUCAUUCCAUUAAAACCAAGAAAUGCUCCUGGGUCACUUAAUAAAUCCAUCCCAUCUGA